UGUUUUCUUAUGGGUCUAGCACUCUAGCCACUUCGUAAGAAAGAAAAAUUAAGAAAAUCAUCCUGUAAUUUUCGAGAAUUUACUGCUCAAGAUAUUGUUAUUGAAGAAUUGGAGGUCCACCCUUUAAAGUGCGGGUCAUGCCGACCACUCGCGGGGUAAUGUGAUGAAUAGCUGUGGGAACUCUAAAAUUGUCCCAAACCUAAGGGGAUCAAAGAGUUGUGAGAUUCAGGAAGAUCCAGUUGGGCAGGCAGAAAAUUCAGAGAAAGAAGAUAGUAAAGCUGAUUACGGCUUAAAUGAUUUUUCCAUCCCAAGAGGCACUCUUGUCAUCUGUCAACGAAACUCAAAUAAUUACUCAUCAGAUCACAGCUUCUCGAGAUUUAAACCAAGAACUGGUGGUGGACCACGAAAUGAGUUUCGAAUGGCUCGCGGCGGUGGAAGCGGUGAUCGAGGUAGAGGCGGUACGAGAGGGCGAGCUUUUAAAAAGACUCCCAUGGGUGACCGGGACUCGAAUUCAGAGUCUGGCUACCACCCACCACCUAGACCCAAGUUUCAAGAAUCGUUGAAAAACCACGAAAAUUCCCAAAGCAAGUACUACGAUGAUAAAAAAAUAAAUGAGGACUCUAGAAUAUCUAAGCUUUUGAGACGCCUGUGUCGGGAGGACGAUUUUGAUCACUUUUUGGGACUUGCUAAACAACUGCAAGAGGGUAUAGUGGCACUAGAAAAUCAGAGAUAUAUUAGGAGAAAUUUGGAUCUCAUUUGUGAGACUCUACUCGAUAUUUUGCACUCUGCGCCUGGAGUGGAAGCGAAACACCAGAUUUCCAAAUGUUUAGGUCGUGUUGGAUACGUUGUCGAUCAGGAUUUCAAGAGGUACAUGGAGUGGAUGUUUAACAAAUAUUCAUUGGAAAGAAAGGACGAAAUCAAGUGCCUGAUAGUUAAGUCUUUUGGGGAGACACUCAGAUUGGAUGCAGAGGCGCCAAAACUCAAGGAAUUUUCAAUGUCGAUAAUGUCUCACUUGCAAUCAAUGCUCGAAAACGUAGACAGACCAGACCUGCUGAUCGUGACAGUGGAUGCUAUUUUAUUUGUAAUUGACAUCUACCCAGAAACAUUUGCAAGUCACUUUCGCGACACCGUCGACAUCCUCGUCGGCUGGCACAUUGAUUCCACUCAGCAGAAGCCAAUUGUCGCCUAUGCGAGUCGCAGUUUGCAAAAACUGCGCAAUUUUUGGAUAGCCGACUUGCAAUUCACCCUGACACUGCUCGGACAAUUUCUGGAAGACAUGGAAAGUUACGACGAGGACUUGACUCUACCAAGAUCGGGACAGAGUUCACCAGGAGGCGAGGAGGCCGCUCCAUGUCCGAAAGAAUGUAUUCUCCGAAUUACCUCGCUCAUAUCAGUUUUUAACACAGUUACAAAAAGUAUCUCGGAACAUCUCAGUCCAAAUCUCACGCCCACUGUGCAGUGGAGCUUUCUAAGCGAUUGUUUGUCGAAAAUGUUGAGAACGGUCGUGAAAGCAAUUGAACUGGACACGGGCAAUAUUGCCCUCGCGGCCAAAGAUCUCGGCCUGUCGCAAGAAAAUGCCACGAGUUUGACCAAGUGCAUGAAAAACAUGAAUCUCUCGCAAAAGAAUAUUGAAACUCUGCUGAACAGUCUGGAGAAGAAUGAUUUGAAUGAGGAGAGCCUCGUCAAGUCGCUGAACAUCAAUCGGAAAAACGACAACAAGAAAAGUGUGCGCAUUGGAUCCGAGCGGGAAAUCACGUGCAAGGAGAAGGAGGAAUCGUUGAUCAAUUUAUUGAAAUCGAUGGAUUUAAGGUCGAGAAAGUAUUCGGAUCUGACCGAGGAGAAGGAAGAAUUGAUAGUGGUCGCCAAUGAAUGUGCAUUUCUCCUUCUAACUCACCUCCAGAGUCGCGUCACGAAAAAUCACGAUCUGCUCUACAAAUUUAUCGACAUACAACUCGCACGAGUGAAUAUUUUCUGGGAUGAGACGAUUGUCUCGACUCUAACGACAAUCUCGAAAGUGAUUAGGGAAGUGUCGGCGAAUCUGCCCCUAGAAUUGGUUCACACGCUUCUCGGGCAGAAUUCUGUUCUCCUGAAAUUGCGAUUUCGCGAUACGGUUCUGAUUCAAAAUGCCAGUCUUGGCGUUUAUCAGAGUCUCUUGAGUUUAAAGAAUAUUCCUCUGCUACAAGAAGCCUAUCGCUACGUUCUCGCGGAUCUUGAAAUUGCCUACAAAUUGUUCGUGAAAGAUAUUGAGAAUUUGGUGGCUGACAAUCCGUUGACCGCAAUUCAGUACAAAAAGAGGGACGCGGAAUUGGUGGUUGUGUUUCUUUUGCGCGCGCUGUCUGACAUUGCCAAUGCAAGCAAUUCCAUCAUCGGAAUGUGGGCCCUGAAACCAAGUAUUUUGGAAUUAUUGGCAGUUAAGCUGAGACCCUAUGAUCCAGUUUUGUCGCUCGAGAGUCCACUUUUGCAGUACAGCAUUUUGUAUUUGCUUUUUGCGCAUUGUUCUAGGUACAAUCACUUUGUGCCCAGCUCAAGCCUAAUAACCGGUACAAACGUUUGUCGUCCAAUGGAUAUUUUUCCUCUGGAUGUACCAACAAUGUCACCGACAAGUGGACACUUGUCGGUCAUUUUAAAUUUACUCGCUCGCACUUUUCAACAACAAACCUGCAACGCAACAAUUUUGCUGUUGACCGAAUGGAUGCAGGAAAUUUGCAACCAGGCAGAAAAUUAUCUCGCAAUGUUGUACAAAACCGAGGAGUAUCAAAAUAUUAUCGCGAGUUUACUCAAAUGUGCAGCAACAACUAAUCAUGACAUUUCGGCUGCAAUUUGCACCAUUUUUGAGUCGAUAUUCAGCACAAAAGGUGUGAUUUGGCCAGAAAAAACGUAUAUGGAGAUUGUCGAUUUGGUGAUAAUUCACUCGACUUCGUCAGACAAAAUUGUCAGGGAAAAGUACGGACGUUUGCUGAUGAAUGUGCCACUUGAUAUUGUCAUUCCAAAAUUAAACAAGGAGUCACUUUUAUCGGAAACAAAGAGGUCCCGACAAAUUCGAAAUUACUCGGCUGAAUCGAUGACUCUGGCACAGAGAUUGCAUAUGAGAGGCAACAGUGGUGAAAUGCAGGCACAACAUUUCAAGACCUAUAUGGCCUUUUUAUUGCAAGAGUACCAUUUCGAAGCUUCUGGUCUGGCCGAAGUUUUUACGCUCUGCUGGCCGACAAUAUCGGACAACGAGACUGUCGCCAAAAUGUAUGAAAUGGCCCUCGCGAAUCGUUCGUUCCUAUUUUUCUGGGGCGGUUUCGAAGCAGCCCAGCACUGCAUCACCAACAAACUUCGCACGCCUCUCGGCAAGCCUCAGGAGACUUUCACCACAAUUGAGUGUGCCCUGAAAACCCUGGCGCGCGAAAUCUCGUACAACGCGGAAGUGCCGAAAAAGGACAGACGUGGACUGAGUUACAUUCUGCAUGAGCACACGCGUGUGAGAUUGCUCGUCGAAUUUUUGGAACAUCUGGAGCGCGCGAUUCACAAUGCGGCCGACGGUUGCGCAAUGGCCCUGGCACCUCUCGCGAAACCCGUCCGCACCUUUUUCCACACCAACCGAUCCACCUGCAGAGAGUGGCUGAACCGCAUCAGACUGGCUCUCUGUGUGGUCUCGCUGCACGCGGGUUUGGCGAGCAACGCUCUGCGAAACGGACAGCGACUCUUGGACGAUCUGAGCAGUGCUGAUAAUACCCAGGGCGCGGAAUUUGAGAGAGCAGCUCUCUGCACAGCCCAGGCGAUGGUGAUGCUUGGCGAGGCCGAGGCUCUUCAGGGAUUGUACGUCUACACGAAGGAGAAGGAGAGGAAGUUUGUCUGGCUGAAGGCGGCAAUGGAGGAGGCUGCAGGACGUCACGAGUCGGCUGCCGAGAGCUAUAGAAUUCUCCUCGAGGAGCAGAUGACGAGGCAGGAGGACGAGACGACGGGAGCGAGCAAAACUGAGGGAGAGAGUCAGGUUGCGGCAUUUUGUAUGCAGCACUUGGCUAAAUGCUACCGAUCCAUCAGCGACUGGAGACAAUUGGAAAAUUGGAAACUCCAGGAAGUGGAGUUGCUGAAGGAGGAGAAGAACUCGGUUUUGAGGAAACAGCUGAUGGAGAAUAUUUGCCACCAGCAGGCCAAGUGUCUGAACAAGUUUGAGGAGGGUGAAGUGAUCGCGGUGGAGGAACUUGCGAAUUGGGCGCUUCUGGAUGAGGAGGCAAAGACGAAUUGGAGUUGCGCGAAAACGAUGAUUGAGUGUUCCAAUACGCUGACGAAUAUCGCUCUUUGCAUAGAUGUGGAGAAUGUGCGCGAGACGUGCUUUCAGGAGAUUGAAAACUGCAAAAAUUUUGCGGCCAAAACGAUGGAGGAGGGACUGCGAAAUGUCCCCUCGGAAUAUUUGAGUGAUGCGAUUUUGGUGCAGUAUUCGGCAACGGGAUUACUAAAUCAUCUGGCUGGAAAGGAAAAUAAUGUGUUUGAACUCUCGCAGGCGGACAAGCUGAAUCAUCUCAACACGAGUACAUUGACCCAAGUUCUUUGGUGGUCAAACUACUUUGCCAAGAUGAGCAAUUCCUGCUCGAGCGGAGAAGUGGCGAGUCUGCGUCUGCAUGUGGCUAGAAGUGCGCGGAAGGAGGGAAAUUAUAAUCUCGCCAAAAGAGAGAUCACCAAGUACCUGAAAGCGGAAGAGAAUCUCUUUCCGAAUUGUAAAAAUUACGUGUUUUCCGAUAUGGUGGAGGGUGUUUUGUCGAGUCCAAUUGUUGUCAAGUGGUCCAAGAACAAUAUGCGCGCCUUUCGCGAAAUGUCGAAGGUACUUUACAGCAUGGAGAAGACGGAAGAUGCGCUGAAAGUGUGCAGUGUGACGGCCCUCGGAAUAUCGCGGGCGAUUGUCGCUGGUGAAACAUCGGCUGAAUUGCGUGAAACUGGGACGAAAAUUUUGCUCACUCUUGGAAAAUGGAUUCAGCAGGACUCGAAGGGGGUGAAUGAGAAUGUGCAGCUUGAGGAACUUUUGCGAUUUGAGUCGCUGCACAAUGAUGGACUGAUGGACAAGUUAUUUGGCAAGACGACAGAUUUGAUACCCACCUCGGACAUGAUAAUCGGAAAAUUGAUGCAGCUGGGUGUGAAUCAGUGUCCGGAUUUGCCGCUUGCCUGGUGUAAUUUUGCCGCUUGGUGCUACAAGUGGGGCAAGAAAAUUGUGGACAAUUCGAAUUCUGGCCAGUUGACGGACGCUGACAGAUUGAGCAUUCGGGCCUUGCUUCCGGUCGAUAUUUCCGAGGGUGAUUUGACCGCUGUUUUCUCGAUUCUGAGUCAAAACAAAACGAUACCGGAAGACGAGGGCGAUAUUGACACCAGUGACAUCAAUACCUCGGAGAUGAUUGAAAAUCAAUUGCGAAAUGUUCCCGUGCUGAGUCGCGCGGCCAACGAGCAUUUGUCGAUGCUGGUCGAAAUUUGGAGACGUGCACAGAAAAGGAUUUACUCGUAUUACGAGCUUUCGGCAAAUGCCUACUUCAAGUUUCUUCAGCUCGCGAGGAAAGACACUAAUGACUGUGCCACCAUCACCGCGACUUUGCGACUUUUGCGACUUGUCGUGAAACAUGCACUUGAGCUGCAGAAUGUCCUCGAAUCCGGAUUAUCGACAACCCCAACCGGACCCUGGAAGGAAAUAAUACCUCAGCUGUUUUCCCGGCUCAGCCAUCCCGAGGCUUAUGUGCGCACUCGAGUUUCCGAGCUUCUCUGUCGUGUGGCCGAGAAUUCGCCGCAUCUGAUCACUUUUCCAGCUGUGGUUGGCGCCGUUUCCAGUCGGCGAAUCAGCGAGGAUGAGGAUGAGGAGAGCGAGAGCAAAGUGAAGCACUGCAUGGACAGUUGUUUUUUGCAGCUUGCCGAAUCCAUUUCCAAUAGUGAUAGCGUUGUCCAGGUGAAAAUACUCGUGAAGGAAUUGCAGAGAAUCACCCUCUUGUGGGACGAGCUCUGGCUCGCCACCCUGUGUCAGCAUCAUUCCGAAAUAACCAAAAGAUUUGAGCAAUUGGAGCUCGAGGUGCAGAGAGUGCAAGACAAUAUUUGGCUCGUGCCGGAGGAGAAGGAGAAAUUGAUUGCCGAGAAGCACCGAAUUAUUCUGCGACCGAUCAUCUUUAUUUUGGAGAAUCUCUUGUCGAUGACAUCGGUGCCGGCCGAGACUCCGCAUGAGAAAUUAUUCCAGGAGAAGUUUGGACCCGGCAUUGAGGAAGUGAUUGAGAAAAUGAAGAAUCCGAAGAAUCCGGCAAAGCCGCAGAUGGCUGCACUGCCCCUGAAACAACUCGAGGCAAAAUUGGCCCAGAGGGUCAAUAAACGAGGAGCUUACUCGCUUCUGAUGACCGAUGUCAGUCCCGUUCUCGCGAAUCUCCGAGGUACCUGCAUAGCGAUGCCGGGUGUGAAUAUGUCGAAUGUCGUGACGAUUCAGUCGGUGGAUAAUAAUGUGCAGAUUUUGCCAACAAAGACGAAACCGAAGAAGCUGGUUUUCCACGGAUCAGACGGACAUGUCUAUACGUAUCUGUUCAAGGGACUGGAGGAUCUGCAUCUGGAUGAGAGGAUUAUGCAGUUUUUGAGCAUUUGCAAUACAAUGAUGUCAAAGAAUAGUGACACGAAGAAAGUUUAUCGGGCCCGGCAUUAUUCUGUCAUUCCUCUUGGUCCACGAUCGGGAUUGAUUCAGUGGGUUGAUGGUGUGACGCCUCUUUUUGCGCUGUACAAACGAUGGCAGCAGAGAUCGAGUUCAAUGACGAGCAAGAGCAGUAAUUCGACUCUUAUGAGGCCCUCGGAAUUGUUCUAUAAUAAGCUGAGUCCAUUGCUGAAGGAGAGGGGUAUUGCGCUGGAGAAUAGGAAGGAGUGGCCUCUUCAAGUUUUGAAACAAGUUUUGUCGGAACUGAUGGCGGAGACACCGAAAGACUUGUUGGCCAAGGAAAUUUGGUGCAACAGCAUAAAUGCAGGAAGCUGGUGGCAAGCUACAAAAAAUUACUCUUACUCUGUAGCUGUGAUGUCGAUUAUCGGUUACAUCAUUGGAUUAGGUGACAGACAUUUGGACAAUGUUCUUGUGGAUCUAAACACCGGCGAAGUUGUACAUAUCGAUUACAACGUUUGCUUUGAGAAAGGAAAAACUCUGAGGGUUCCCGAAAAAGUUCCUUUCAGGAUGACUCCCAAUAUCAAAACUGCUCUUGGGGUCACAGGAGUUGAGGGUAUAUUUAGGCUGGCAUGCGAGCACACUUUGAGAGUAAUGCGUCGUGGUCGAGAAACUCUUUUGACUUUAUUGGAAGCUUUUGUGUACGAUCCAUUGGUGGAUUGGAGAGCUGGAGCUGAUAAUAAUAUUGCAACUUAUGGUGCUUGUCAAGCAAGAGCAAGAUGCACCGGUGUUGGCCGAAAACAGCUGGAGGUUGAACUUACAAAAGCAAUGUUUGCAGUUAGAACAACGGAAAUGCGGGCAGAAUGGCUUGCGAAUAGGGAUGAAUUAGUGCAAGUUUUCCCUCUACUCUGUCAUCACUUGAACAACUGGAUGGAAGCUACCGAAGGGACUCAGCAAGCUCAGGGAUUACUUCAAGAUCGACAUCAGCAAUUGGCUCUUGUCAAGGAAGCCCAAGCGAUGGGUCGAAAUCAUGCCUUGUAUUCGAUUAUUAAACGAUACAACACCUGCAAGAGAGCUAAAGAUGCUCUUGAGAGAGCCAAAUGUGGACUGAAAGAGAAAAUAGAAGAGUGUCAAAAACAUAUGAGCAUGCACAGCAUUUCUUUGACAGCAGUGCGAGGUCCACAACUGGGUCAGUGGCUGACCGAGGUCGGUAGUCCAGCCAAUCAGGAUGAUCACCUCGUUUUCGACCUGGUCAAAGAGUUCCUUCAAAAUGCUGGACAAAGUCAAAUGAUAGUCCAGUGUGAGCAGUCGGAAAAUGAAUUGACACAGCUGGCGAUGCAGCAGCUGAUUUUGAUUCGCAGUUCUCUCGACCUGCUCAGUCAAUAUUCUGCAAUCUGCAGUCUCUAUCCCCUCAGCAUGAUGGCCCAGCAUCGUUCAGUGACAUAUCUCGCCUGGUCGCAGGAAUUGCUGCUCACGGCAAAUGUCGAGACGUGCCAGAAAGUUGUCGCCCAAUUGGAAGCCAGCAUGGAUCCGGCUGCAAACAAUCCCCAGAUUCAGCAGAUCAUCACCUUCUCGUAUCAGAUGCAGGCAAUUCUCGGGAAUUCGAACGAGCGAUUCAAGAAGGCGUACCAGCGAAUGGUCGCCGAGAGUCUGCCGGAAGCAAUGGGAUCAAUUGAGAAGGCCUAUGCCGAGUCGCGAGCUCACAUCGAGACAUUUUUGCGACGGGAGAAGGGCGCCGAGAGAGCCCUCGAGUGUGUCAAUAUAACGGCACUGGUUGCCCUCAACAAGCGUUACUUGAUGAUGGAAUGCGCGGCCAAAUGUGCGAGCGACUGUCUUGUGGAUUUAACGUCGCGCGAGGGUGACUGGUUCCUCGACGAGAUGCGACUGAUGACCUCGCUGAUUGCCGAGCUGGUCACCCUCUUCCCCGAACCCGGCCAAUCCAACAACAACGACAACAGCAGCGACACUAUUCCCGAGAUUCCGAUUGUGCUCAAGUGUCUCGCGAGUGCCGAUUGCAUCUACAAAGGGCUGCAGGAGCUCAAUUACAAUUUCCAGACGAUAAUUCUGCCGGAGGCGAUGAAGACAAUCAUCACGGAAGAGCCGACGGUGAUGCGUAUGGUGAACGAGCUUGAUGAAAUUGUCGUGUCGGUGGGAAUUCCACUUGGCGAGAUUCUCGGCCAGCUUGAGAUGCAUCUCCGUUUCACAGUUAUGGAGAUGCCGAGUCCACACGCCGUGGUACAGAGCCUCGUGGCGAGUAUGCGUGCCAGAUUUGAAACGUUGCUCUCGAGGCCGGCCGAGGCGCAGGAAUUAAAUCAGGAUGAGACUCUGACGCCGGGUCAGAUGCUGCUGAUGGGAUUUAAUGGGCUCUUUGAGAAACUCCAGAUGGAGGGCAAUGCACUGGUGACGACUCUCAGUUCUCUGGAAAUACCGGCCUGUUGGAAGAAGAUUGACCAGAUACGGGAGGCGAAGGAGAUGUCGGCGCCAAUUUUUAAUAAGGGCGCGCGUCGCGUCUUGGACGAUAUAUUUUUGAUUAAACGAUUGCACACAAUUCAGGAAUUUUUCAUUAUGUGUCGGGACAUUGCGACGGCAUUCAAGGGAGGAUUGGCGAAUGUUUAUGAUGACGAGCGGCUCAAUAAGCCCGUGCGAGUCUUUACGGCGGAUUAUGUGUCGCGACAGCUGCUGGGAAUUACCUCGCAAACUCUGGGAAUUGCGCUCUGCUUUCUGCUGCAGCGAUUGGGCUUGAGUGUGACGACGGAAGUCGAGCAGCGUGAUAUCGGGGCUGAGAGCAAGGUCUCGCUCGAGGAGCUUGUGAGGAAGAUGGUGGAUUUGUGUCUGAAGAGGGGCAUGUUCUCGGGGCCGGUUCUCGCCCAGGCGAGUGCUUUGAGCAGCACUUUGGAGAGCGCCUGGAGGAGGAAGCAGAGUGCGCGAUUGGCGCAGCAGAGUGUUGAAGUUGCCCGGGCGAGUGUGCAGAGGCUGCAACUCCAAUUGACGGCACAUCAUUGGUUACACGAGGACAGUUUACUGCUGCAGUCCACCUUGAAUCUGAUGAAUCCUCUGAACCGUCCAACGUUUAUGCUCGAGCUUCGCAAAACUGCCGCUGCCUUGUCAGCGUUGCAAUCUCGAGUAAUGGAAGCUCGAGAGCAACAACAAAAUCUCGUGGCAAGUGCAAUUCAACGUUUAAAAUGGGCAGCCGGUGCAAAUCCCGCACUUGGCGAAGUGAUGUCCGCCUUUGACAAUGCCGUUCUAACGUCCUGCGAAAAGCUAACACGACAGCACAAUUUGGCCGCGAUGGUGGUGAACACCUGCAAUUCGAUAUUGCACUACGAGGCCUUGCGCACCCGAACAUCCGAGAGUGUCACAAAUGACGCAAACUUUAUCAAGCUUGUCAGACACUGGGAGGAGAGUUGCAAGCUGACCAUGAAUUUAACAAUAACCGUUACAGCGAUUGAGGAGAGUUUGGUGGAAUUGCUCAAGCUGGAAAACACUGUUGAUGCGAAUUGGCUGAGGCAAGCCGAGCAGCUCAUUUCCGACGCAAUAGUCGAGACCCAGAAGAAGUUGCAGGAGAAGCAGGAUGCUCUGGUCAGCACACACGAGUGUCUGCGCGAGCAAGUGGCCAAUUUGCAGAAUGUCCUUGCCGAGCAUCAUCGACUGAUGAGUGAUGUACGUGUCCUGCUCAGGACAAUGGUGAAACAGGAGAAUAUUGUCGGCUUGCAGGAAUUUUUAGCCACCUAUCGUGCAUUCACGGAGAGUAUUUCGGCGGUGGUGAAGGAACUGGAGUCGGACAAUCUCGAGCCGAUACGAGCUGUCGCUGUGAAAGGUGAACUGGAGACUCUGGCGAUCAACAUGCCGGCAUUGUACGAGGAGCUUCUCGAGUUCUCGAACGAGGAGAAUCUGACGACGAAAAUGUUGGACUGGGAGUCGAGGAAGACUCAGCUCAUCAGGCAGGAGAGUGUAUGUCUGAGCCCCAGGAAGGGAAUUCCAUUGGUCAGAGAUCCGACCACGGGCAAAGCUGUGCAAGAGAGGAAUGCGUACGCCUUGAAUGUGUGGCGACGCGUACGGAUGAAACUGGAAGGUCGCGAUCCGAACCCAUCGCGCAAGUACACGACGGCCGAACAGGUGGAGUACGUGAUCCGCGAGGCACAAAGCUCCGACAACCUGGCCCUUCUGUACGAAGGUUGGACUCCAUGGGUCUGA